UAUCAUAAAACAGCGUCUCAGUCAUCAGGCAGUGAAUUCAGAACCAGCUCAUGGAGGAACUUUCUGUAGGAGCUUUUAGAGGGACGUCUGGUUCCCAUCACCACCACUGUGAGCAGCUCUGACUCUGGAAUGACUUAGGAAAUUUGGAACAUCGGUGGAUUGGUGGAAUUUCCCUUUCCGAAGUAAAGGUGCCAGCUGGUCCUUGGCCUGGACGUGCAGUUCUAGGAAACAAACUUUAAUUGGCAUAGAACCUUUGCGUUGUGGUUCUUUAAACAUCGAAACUUCUCAAGGGUUUAGAAGAUUCCUCACACUUCUUUACAAAAAUGGUUCUUUAGGGAACCCAGAGUGAUUCCUCUGUCUCCCAGGAACUCUGUGGCACCUUUAUUUUUAAGGGUCAUAGUUUUUCUUUUUUAAUUUUAUGACUAAUUGUUAUAUUUUGUCUUGAUGUAAAUAAAUUAUUGUGAAAAUAUGAAGCCACAUUCCUUCUUUUCCUUCGUUUCUAGCUGGAUAUCCGAGCAUAUGCCUAGAUUUUCCCUUGUUUUUCCCCCAGCAUGUCGCCUGAUUGCUGUAGAGGAGGAUUGCGGAGGGUGAUGUGUAAUAAUCACAGGAACGGCAAAUACCUACAGGGUCAAAUCCAGCUGGAUUAUUUGAGGAACAGGCAGCAUGAUUUCCCACAUUGUGCAGUAAUUACAGUGUCGUACGCUGUGUGUGUGUGUGUGUGUGUGUGUUGGGGGAGCUUGCAGGGUGGGCCAGGGAUGGUGGUGCAAAAGAAGAAAAGAUGGAGAAAGGGAGAGAGAGCACUAACAGAUGGACUUAGGAGGGAUUACACAAAAAUCUGGGGUUGGACUGUGACUCCAGUUCUGAGAGAGAGAGAGAGAGAGAGAGAGAGAAAGGGAAAAGGAAAAGGAGGAGAUUGGUGCAGAGAUGGACAAAAACUCAGGAACGAGCUCACAGGGAGAGAGAGAGAGAGGAUAAGGAUGCUUAGCUGCAGGACAUGAGGGCCAUUUCUGCUCUUUCCCUGAAGACAAUGAACAGAAACACAGGAUGGACUGGGACGGGAGCCGAUCCGCCGCCUCACCUGCGCACCUGUGACUGAAGACUGAAGUUUACAGCGAUGUUGGACCACAUGCCUCGCCGCUCUCGCUCUCUUCUCUCUCUCUCUCUCACCUCCCUCGCCCUGGCUCUCUCCGUUCUGGCCUUCUGCACCUCCUACUGGUGUGAGGGAACUCACAAAGUGGUCAAACCGCUCUGCCUGUCGCCGGUCAAGAUGAAGAACUGUGGCCAGAACAACAGUGAGCCUUACACUACAGAAAGCCCCACCCCGGACCCCCGGGGGCCCUCCAAUAGAACCAUUUCGCCGAAGCGGAGGGAGGAACUGGCCAGGAUUCGUCAGAGGCAGUUGGCCAACGCUGUGCAUUACAUCUGGGAGACGGGAGAGGACAAGUACAUGUUCCGCUAUUUCCACACGGGCUUCUGGGAGUCGUGCGAGAAACACGCUGAUGGGGAGCGAUGUCGCAGCUUCCUCGACUUAACCCCCGGAGAAACGCAUGGUGUUCUCUGGUUGUCCAUGGUUUCUGAGUUCAUGUACAUCAGUUUGUUGGGGAUGGGCUUCCUGCUGAUGUGGCUGGAGGUUCUGUGCUCACAUAAAGAAAUGCAUGCGCUCAAAAUCAAUGCGUUCGCUGCCAUUUGCACUGUGCUGUCAGGCCUGAUGGGGAUGGUGGCCCACAUGAUGUACACGACAGUUUUCCAGCUGACGGUUAUCGUUGGACCCAAAGACUGGAGGCCGCAGAGCUGGGACUACGGCUGGUCAUUCGCGUUGGCGUGGGUGUCCUUUAGCUGCUGUAUGGGCGCCGCCGUCCUCACCCUCAACUCCUACACCAAAACCAUCAUCGAGCUGCGGCACAGGCAGAGGCUUCGGCUGGAGGAGUCCCGGGCUGCCAGUCGGGCCCCGGCCUACGAGGAGGUGGUCCCCGGGGCCGGAGGGGCAGGGCUGUACUCCGUCAGCAGCCUGCUGCACUGUCCCAACGGCAUGAUGGACACGAUGUGGGCGGACGGCAGCAUGGGAGUGGUGGGGGACGGCGACGUGCCCACCCUCGUGCUGGUGGGGGGAUGCGGGCCGGAGGGCUGCGAGGACUGCGAGAGAGAGAUGGACGAAAUGGACGAGGCCAUGGAGAGAGACAGGACAGACUCUCCUUGCUAAAGCCAUAGUUUGGACGGAAAUCAAGCGAGCACCGUUUCCCCCCCUUUAGCCAAAGUGAUCAGACAAGGCACACUAAAAAAUGAGAUAUACCUAAGAAAACAUCUUAAAUCUAGCCAGUAUUUCUCAUAUUCGUCAUUUGUUUUUAACAUUUAAGAUCCAAUAUUUAAGAUCUGAUAUUUCUCAAGUGUUUUUUUAAGAUGAUCACAAGAUUCUUCAACCCAUUUCCAGAUGUUUCGGUAUCUUUCUGUCUAGAAAUGUGUCUUAUUCCGGCGGCAGAUCUGCCAAUGAAUUAAGACAACUGCACUUGAUGAACGUAACAUAUUGACUAUAUUUAAGAUGUUUUCACUGGCCAAGAAAUUGUUUGCAGUGCCUGUUUGGUGUCUGAAGUUUAUUUGGUUUUAGCACUGGAGCUAAUGUAGCUAAGAAGUAAUGGACCACACCAACGAGCAUUGUCCCAACUCCAUGGACCUACGUCCCAGGGAUCUUUUUAGCCUGAGAAAAAAUGAAUUAAAAGAUUGAAUUAGGCUGUAAUUCAGCGAAAGAAUUAAACCUUUAGUUUCCAGUCUUACGAGUGUGAUUUAACUGUGAUUACCGCGGUGCUGUUUUCCGGCGGCUCACAGCGGCACUGGCUUCAGUCCGGCUUUAGAUAACGAGCCUUUCAACGUGGAAACUCCUUCAGCCUGGACUGAACUGGACAGAACUGAAGCGCUGCCCACUGUAAAUAUGAUGUUUAAACCAAAGAGGCCAAACAACUUGAAACUGUUGACUAGCGUGUAGUUUGAAUAGCAAGCAUGAAAACCCCAGCACAGACCAGUAAGAAGUCCAUGAUGGUCUCAGCUGACCUGUGCUGGUUUAUGCUUGUCACCCAGCUUGAUCCUUGGUUGACCAGCAUACCAGCAUCCAACACACAACAUAUGCUGGUUUAUGCUGGUCUAGAGCUGAUCUGGUGCUGGUUUAGCUGGUCACCCAACAUGGUCAUACUGGUUGACCAGCAUACCAGCAUCCAACACACAACAUAUGCUUGUUUUGCCACCUCUGCUGCUCUGUGCUGUUUUUGCAGCAGGGUGGCUACUUCUAGAUACUUUGUGAUGAUUUAGACAUGUACACAAUAAAGUUGUAGCUGAAGUUUUAA